AUGGCCGACCAAGAUCAUGAUGAGCUCGCCGCCACCAAGACCGAGGGUUUCAAAGUCGGCGAGAAGAAGACUGUACAGGAAUAUGCUGAGCUUGACAAGGAUGAUGAGGCGAUGAACCGCUGGAAGGCUUCGCUGGGUCUGAAUGCGGGCGAGCCCAUUGGCCAGUCGGAUGACCCGAAGUGUCAGAUUAAAUCUCUGGCCCUGGUCACUCCAGACCGUGAGGAUGUGGUGAUUGACCUAUCCACCGCCAGUGCUCUCGACACUCUCAAGGAUAAGCCCUUUACUGUUAAGGAAGGCGCCAGGUUCCACAUUAAGGUCGUGUUCCAGGUGAACCACGAGGUUAUCAGCGGUCUUAAGUACCUCCAAGUGGUGAAGCGCAAGGGCUUCCGGGUCAGCAAGGACGAGGAGAUGCUAGGAAGCUAUGCUCCCAGCACCAGCGUCAAGCCUUUCUACGUCCAGGAAUUUGCUGAGACAGAGGCUCCCUCGGGUAUGUUGGCUCGAGGACACUACAACGCCGUUUCCAAGUUCUUGGAUGAUGAUGACCACACUUACUUGCAAUUUGAAUGGGCUUUUGACAUUACCAAGGACUGGUAG